AUGUCAGAUGGAACCCGAGGACUUAAUGAGAACGGAGACACGGACCUUUGUUCCGGAAAAAAAAUCGCCAAUCACGCCAUCUGCCGCGAGGCGCAUGCACGCAGCGCUCGAGAGCCCGCGACGAGCGUCAACGGGACCUCCCGAGGCAACCAAGAAUCGCAUCCGCAUCCAAUCAGAAUUUCACCGAGCGAAUCCUCCAGAACGAAGGCGGAAGGCAAGAAGAAGCAGGGAGGAGGGAGGAGGGAGGAAGGGAGGAAGGGAGGAGGGAGGAAGGGAGGAGGGAGGAAGGGGGGAGGGAGGAAGGGAGGAGGGAUAACAACUGGAGACCGGCCAGAAACCGGGCAUGUGGUAUUCCACGUGGGGACGUCGGAGCACGUCCUCUUUCCUGGCUGGUACACGGGAGAUUCCCUCAUCGGAUUCAUCCUCUCCUGCCUCUUCUUCUUCCUCAUGGCCUUGACCUUCGAGGCCUUGAAGCACUACAGCCUGAAGCUCACUCGCGACGGAGUCUGGGGCACCGUAUCCGGAACGACCUGCUACGUGAUCCAGGUCUCCCUCGGCUACCUCCUCAUGAUCGGCUUCAUGUACCUGAACCUCUGGUUCUGCCUCUCCAUCCUCGCCGGCACGGCCCUGGGCAACCUCUUCCUCCGCCUCGCCUGCGACAAGCCCUCCCUCUCCCGCGACAAGCCCUCCCUCUCCAUCGGCGUGUGCGACUGCAAGUGAGGUCGGUCGACCCCGGCGACUUCAAAUACGAAUUUUGUCGAUCUGCGAUUUUGUUGAAUUUUUUUGUCGAUCUGCGAGGCU